CUGGAAAACUUCGUGACUUUUUUGCACGUAUUGAUCCCUCUUUGAAAGAUUUUUAAAAUUACUCUGCAAACCCAAGAGUAGAAAGAAUGCUUUCGAGUUCUGAUAAAAGUUUGCCAUAAAUUUUAAUACUUGACAAACUGUUGCUUGAAAAUUCCAAUGAGCAUCGAAUCAUUGAUCAAAUUCAAUCUUUGCGCAAAUUUUUCCAGGUAAUAUGACCAUGUCUUUGACAAAGUUUCUCCUGCGGGUUGCAGUAUUCGCAACUCUGCAAGUUCCAUUGAAUUCUCAUUAGAUUCGCAGCUCGCAGCACGCACACACACACACUCAUGAAUUAUGAUCGCGCGUGUAUGUCAUUGUAUAGGUACUGCGUAUCUAGUUCUUACACCUGCGUCUAUUAUAAUAAAUAGUGACUUGUGUUUUCGCGAUUCUUUCUGAACGUCGACGCGUCGAUAUUAAUGUAUAGUGCACUCAGAUGCUGCAAGCCGUAUCAGUAAAACCGGAGGCGUACCUUUUGUCAAUCUGCCACUUACUAGAUUACAUUUAUGCAGAGGAAGUUGCUAAAAUGUCAAGUUCUUUCUAAACCCAUUGCUAUUCGUCUCUACCCAUCUCGCGAGUCUCCUCGUUGUGCAGGAAAUGUUUUAGAGUGCAAGAAUAGAAAAACGACACAAACGAGACUACUCGCGCACGAUGUUUAUGCAGAUGGAAUUUUUCAAUCUCGAUGAAAACGAGGUUAUCACGGUCCAAGCUGACCAACAUGAUUCCGAGUCCGAGUCCUGGACGAAAUAUUACAAGGACGAUGGCGAUGCUCUGCUAGUCAAGGCUGCGACUUACGACACUUACGAAGACUUCGAAAACGCAUACUGUAUUGAGCAUGGCUGUAUGCCAUUGCAUCAUGCUAUUAAAAGCAACAAGCCAGCCAUAGUCAGGAAGAUUUUGCUUAAAGGCACAGAUGUCAACAAAGUUGAUAGCCUGUCAAGUACACCUUUGUACUAUUCUAUUCUCAUGGAUAAUGCAGAGAUUGUUGAAUUGCUAUUGAAAUCUGGAGCAACAGCUCAAGACAGUUUUACAGAAAAUGCCAUUCAGUUUACUUAUUUUCAAAGAGUUUGUCAGUCAUCUCAUUGGAAAAUAGUUAAAUUAUUUUUGGAUCAUGGGUGCAAUGUUAAUGACAUAUUUACAAGUGAUUAUUGGAAUUGUCCAAAAUACUCCCGACCACUGCAUCUUGCUAUAACACACCGGAGAUUAGAGACCAUACAAUUACUCAUUAACUGCAAUGUUGAUCUCAACGAUGUAAAUGAAGAUGGUGAAUCUCCACUUUAUUUAGCAUGUGCAGAAGAUUAUGUUGAAGCUGUCGAAUUGCUUUUGAGUAAAAAUGCUUUGGUCAAUACUCAAGCACAUGACAGAACAACACCUUUGCAUCAAGCUAUCAAAUGUGGCAAUCACAGAAUAGUUGAGUUGCUCUUAUCACAUGGUGCAUUCAUCGAAUACGGUGAUGAUACAGACAGUGUAGAAAACAUCUGUGUUCCUGUACACGAAGCUAUAAAAAAUGGUCAUUUCAAAAUAAUUGAAGAUCUUUUAAGUCAUGGACUGCAUGUUGAUAUGAAUAUCAACAAACCAGUGUCUUCAGAUUAUUCUGGAUUUUUACAUACAGCAGUUGAAACUGAACAAAUAGAAAUUGUAAAUUUACUAUUAAAGUUUAAUGCUGAUGUCUAUAUUAGGGACAACAACAAUAGGGUACCAUUGCAUUUAGCUGCUUACAAUGAAAAUGAGGUCAUUAUGGAAUUGCUUUUGGAUUAUGAUGUCAAUUUAAAAGUUUCAUGGGAAUUUUCAACAUUGAAUGCGAUUGACAAGGAUCACUGUACACCUUUUCAUAUUGCUUGUAAAGGUAGAAACAUUGAUUCUGUUCAAUACCUCAUUCAGUCACAUGCAGAUAUUAAUGCAGAAAGUUUCAAAGGAGAAACCCCAUUACACUUUGCUUGUGAAACAGGGGAUCUAGCUAUCGUUAAACUUUUAAUAAAAAGUGGCGCAUGUGUAAAUGGUUACACAGAAGAUAAUGUAACUCCUUUGCAUGUUGCUGUUAAAGGCACUCAUGAAAAAAUUGUUGAACUUCUUCUUAUGCAUGAAGCAGUAACAAUAAAUCAAGAUAAAAAUGGAAAAAUACCUUUAGAAUAUGCUGUUGAUAAUCUAGAUAUGAGGAAUAUUGAAUUACUUUUACAGUAUAAUCCAGAUGUAAAUAAUGAGCACUAUCGAAAAGUAUUUCUUGCUGUUCUUAAUAUACAUAAGACAUUUGGUAGUGAAAUUGUUGAUUAUUUUUUCAAAUAUGGUUUUGAAAUAAAAUUAGAAGAUAAGAGCACUAAUGUUAUUUUUACUGCAGUAACUAAUGGUUAUUAUAACAUAGUAGAGCAAUUAUUGAAUGAAGGUGCAGAUGCUAAUGUUUCUGUCGAAGGUUCUACUUUACUACAUAGUGCAACUAAAAAUCAUCACUGUGACAUUAUUAAACUUCUUAUAAAACACAAUGCUAAUGUACAUGCUAAAGAUCACGUAGAUAAAUUAGCUGUUCAUUAUGCCAUAGAAAACGAUGAUAAAGAAAUACUUGAAUUUUUUCUCAAUAAUGGUAUUAAUACCAAAGAUUAUCCAGAUUUAUUACAUUAUUCUAUUCUAAAAUGUAGUAAUAAAUGUAAAGAUAAUUUAGAUAUACUUCUAAGAUAUGAUGCAGACAUCAAUUAUUGUGAUGAACAAGGAAUCAAUGCAUUGCAUUUGAUCAUACAAUUUCUCAGAAGUGAUGUGAGAGAAGACUAUAGCAGUCUUACUAAAUUUAAUAAAUAUUUAAUGUCUGAUUACAUUGCAGAAACAGUAGAUUUUCUGUUAGAAAAAGGUGUAAAUGUAAAUGCUAAAACAGCUUUUGGUUGGACUGCUUUACAUAUGGCAAUUGUUCUUGAUGAAAAUUUAGAUAAAUUGGUAGAAACUCUACUCAAGUAUGAUGCUGAUGUGGAUUGCAAAAAUGAUGUAGGGCAUACGCCUCUUCAUCUUUGUUGUCAGAAAGGAAAUUUCCGUAUAAUAUCUCUACUUUUGAACUUUGGGGCUGAUAUUAACAUAGAAGAUCCAGAUGGAAGAACACCUUUAGAUGCAGUAUUUAAAAUAAAACAGGAAUAUCAAAAAAAGGCAAAAGAAAUUAGCACAGCUGUUUUUGUAAACUGUGUUGAGGAUCUCAUAAGCUCUUAUUUCAUAACAAGAGCUUACAUUGAUUGCUGCAAUAGAGCUGUUGCUAUAUUUCACAAUCAUAUCAUUAAAAUGAAGAUAGCAAAACUAUAUCUUAAUCCUAAAAAUGCAGUAUAUUUAGAUGAUAGUCACAGAAAUUUUCAGGCAACUUGUCUCAAAGAAAUUAAUGACUUGAAAGAACUAAAAAUCAAUAACUAUGUGCCAGUCUAUAAUGUAUUGGUAGGAGAUUUAACAGAAAUAUUACGAUUCACAAAAAAUGAAAAUAUUCAAAAUAUUUGUGAAAUAUUAGAAAAUCCAGUCAAAUUUCCAUUAUAUGGAAGUAUGAUUAUUGAGAGGCUCAAAAAAGCUACCCGAAGAGAGGGAUUUUUAGUCAGAGCUAAAGAAGCUUUGAAUUCUUUAUCUAACUUUGGACUACCAGAUGCUUGUACAGAAAAUAUAAUUGUUUACCUCAAAAAUGAAGAUUUAAGAAAUUUGGCCAGUAUAUGCUCGCAAAAUGAUGAAAUGGAUGUGACUGAUUAGUUUUUAAACCACACAAAUGUAAUAAAGAUUUAUCAGAAUAAAUCUCUGUGCAAUACCAUCAAAUCGAUUUUGAAAAAUGACAUUUACGAAUUUUUACACUACUGCUAAUGUUAAAUAAUCAUUUGUGUGUCCAUACCUGGAGA